UAUAAAUGCCCUCUUAACUGUCUGAUAAUUUAUACCCAUAGACAGACCACUUCAAAGUUAGUCCUUACUUCUCUUCCUUUUAGUUGGCAAGCUUGCUAGCUCGAUCUUCGGCGGCAUAUGGCCAAGGAAGCCGACUUAAAGAAGAUCGAGCUGAAGGUGACGGUCAACUGCUGUGAUGGGUGCAAGAGGAAGGUGAAGAAGCUGCUGCGAAGUGUCGAAGGAGUUCUGAAGAUAGAAAUCGACCCGGUGAACCCAAAAGUCACGGUGCUUGGGAAUGUGGACCCACAGGUCCUCAUCAAGAAGCUCGCCAAAGCCGGAAAACAAGCAGAAGUCCGCAGCAGCACCUCUGUUAGUGGUAGCCCCGGUGAUCAGAAGGACAAGAAGGAAAUCAAAGAAAAGGAAAACGUAAAUGGUAAUCCGAAACCCGACAAGUGCCCCGACUCUUGCAGCAAAGAGAAGGUCAUCAAAGAGACAAUACCCUGCGGGGCCGAGGAAAUGGACCCGACGAAGAACCAGGAAACAUUAAACUCUGCGAAAUCUUGUGCCAGUGAAGCGAGCAGGAGCGAAGGCUUUCCGCUUCGCCCUCCAAUCCCUGAGGUGAAGUACGCAGUUUACCCGAACAUGUUCCUAGAGACGGCAAGUGUUAGGACCAUGGAGCAACCUUACCCGAUCGGGAUGCCUUAUUACACGGUGUGCUCAUAUAUCGCUCCCCUGCCUCCUCAGGCAGCAUUUGGGCAAGAAUUCCCAGGCUACGGGGGUCGGCAGGUGGCGGCACAGCCGAUGUUCGAGGCCCCGGUGGUGACGCGGGUCGGGGACUAUUUCAGCGACGAGAACACCGUGGGGUGCCAUGUGAUGUGACUGAGAUUUAGAAAGGGCCAAUAGAGAAGGCCAAUUUCCCCUGGUUUUGCUCUGUCUUUUGAGGCAUUUGUUAGAUAGGUUUUAAUUUCCCACUUCCAUUUUUUGUAGUGAUAAAAUGCCAACUUUCUUUCCCCUAUAAUUUCAUGCUGAUCAUUAUGUUAAAAUGCAUUCA